AUGACAGGGGUCGAAGGAAAGAAGGCCUUCAUUCAAAAGUGUGCCCCGUGCCAUACUGUUGAAGAGGGGUGGGGGGGGGGGGGGGGUGGCUUCGGUGGAUGGCGGGGGCGCGGGGGGGGGGGGGGGGGGGGGGGGGUACGGGGGGGGAUGGGGGGGUGGGGGGAUGAGGGCGGGGGUGGCGGGGGGGCGGGGCGGGCAUGGGGGGGGAGGGGGGGGGAGGUGGGUGGGAGGGGAGGGGGGGGGACGCGUGGGGGGAUGAGGGGGGGACGAGCUGGGGCCUGCGGGGAGGGGGCCGGGGAGAAUGGGGUGGGGGAGAAGGGGUGGAGGGGGGAGAGGGGAGGGGCGGAUCGGGCGGGGGGGGGGACGGGGGGGGGGGGAAGGACGGGGAUUCGUAGUGCGGGAGCGUAG